AUGGCGGUCGACCUCAUGGCAGAAUCCGUUAGUGCGAUCCGUCCGGACAAGCCCCGGUACGAGGAUGAUGGAAUGGGCUCUUGCGCCAGCCACGACGAUUCGACAGGACCUGACUGUGCGCAAACUGCCUCAGGCGACUGGAGCCAGCCGUGCGACCUCGCGGAAAUCCCGCCAAGCUUGCACCGAGCGUUGGGCCCCACUCGUUUGCCGCUCGCCACCUCGCAACUUCCUCGGCUUCGAGCACUGCAAGCCGAUCUGUCGGUGGGCGCGGCAGCGGAGUCGCCGCGCGGCGAGCUAGAGUCUCCCAGCGACAACUUUGACCGCUGGGUCGCGGCGGGCGACGCGCAGCGUGCCCGAAGGCAGUCCAUGGUGGCCCGCAGCCAUCCCAGUGCGCGCAGCGCGACGGCCACCAUGGGGGGCCGUCGAAGCAUGCAGGUUCCGCGCAUGUCCAUGAGCGGGCGACGGCAGUCCAUGGAUUACUCGGAACUCGACGCCGUGCGCGAAAGGUACGCAAUCCGUGCACCGCGAUGGUCUGCCGCCGCCACGCGCCGCACCUUCACGUUUGUCGACUGCUCCCACGUCGUCACCCACGCUCCCCCUCGCCUCCCGCGCACGCCCUCGUCACUCGUGCCUACCCCUCGUCACUCGCGCCUGCCCUCGUCACUCGCGCCUGCCCGGGAUACUGUGCUUGCCCUCGUCAUGCGCUUCCCUUCGUCACCCGCGUUCCCCCUCGUCACGCGCGUUCCCCCUCGUCACGCGCGUUUCCCUUCGUCGCGCGCAUUUCUGCUCGUCGUGCAUGCGCCUUGUCGUCACGCAUGCUUCCCCUCAUUGCGCUCUCUCCUCCCCUCGUCACGCUCGCUUCCCCUCGUGACGCGCACUCCUCCCCUCGUCAUGCGCUCAACCAUUCACUCGCAAUCUUCCCUCUGUUUACCCGGCAAUCUAUUCUCCUUUGCCUCAUCUGCCUCCCCUAGCGUCCCACCUCCCUCCGCCCUGCUUCCCCCCUCCCUAUGCCCUGCUUCCUGCCUCCCUCCGCCCUGCUCCCCCCCUCCCUCCGCCCUACUUCACUUCUCCUUCUGCCAUGCUUCCCCCCUCCCUCUGCCCCGCUUUCCCCCUCCCUCCGCGCUGCGUCCCCCCUCCCUCCGCCCUGCUUCCCCCCUCCCUAUGCCCUGCUUCCCCACUCCCUCUGCCAUGCUUCCCCCCUCCCUCCGCCCUGCUUCCCCCCUCCGUCCGCCCUGCUUCCCCCCUCCUUCUGUCAUGCUUCCCUCAUCCCUCUGGCCUGCUUCCCCCCUCCCUCCGCCCUGCUUCCGCCCUCCUUCUGCCAUGCUUCCCCCCUCCUUCCGCCCCGCUUCCCCCCUCCCUAUGCCCUGCUUCCCCACUCCUUCUGCCAUGCUUCCCCCACCCUCCGCUCUGCUUCCCCCCUCCCUAUGCCCUGCUUCCCCAUUCCUUUUGCAAUGCUUCCCCCCUCCCUCUGCCCUGCUUUCCCCCUCCCUCUGCCCUGCGUCCCUCCUCCCUCUGCCCUGCUUCCGCCCUCCUUCUGCCAUGCUUCCCCCCUCCUUCCGCCCCGCUUCCUCCCUUUCUAUGCCCUGCUUCCCCACUCCUUCUGCCAUGCUUUCCCCACCAUCCGCCCUGCUCCCCCCCUCCCUAUGCCCUGCUUCCCCACUCCUUGUGCCCUGCUUCCCCCCUCCCUAUGCCCUGCUUCCCCACUCCUCCUGCCAUGCUUCCCCCCUUCCUCUGCCAUGCUUCCCCCCUCCCUCUGCCAUGCUUCCCCCCUCCCUCGGCCAUAUCGGCUGCAACCCCCGCACAUCCGACCACGAGGUCGGCUCCGCCCAAGCGAGGACGGGGCCUAACAACACUCCCGUUGACACUUCCCCCCUCCUUUCGCCCUGCUUCCCCCCUCCUUCUGUCAUGCUUCCCUCAUCCCUCUGGCCUGCUUCCCCCCUCCCUCCGCCCUGCUUCCGCCCUCCUUCUGCCAUGUUUCCCCCCUCCUUCCGCCCCGCUUCCCCCCUCCCUAUGCCCUGCUUCCCCACUCCUUCUGCCAUGCUUCCCCCACCCUUCGCUCUGCUUCCCCCCUCCCUAUGCCCUGCUUCCCCAUUCAUUCUGCCAUGCUUCCCCCCUCCCUCUGCCCUGCUUUCCCCCUCCUUCUGCCCUGCGUCCCUCCUCCCUCUGCCCUGCUUCCGCCCUCCUUCUGCCAUGCUUCCUCCCUCCUUCCGCCCCGCUUCCUCCCUUUCUAUGCCCUGCUUCCCCACUCCUUCUGCCAUGCUUUCCCCACCCUCCGCCCUACUUCCCCCCUCCCUAUGCCCUGCUUCCCCACUCUUUCUGCCAUGCUUCCCCCCUCCCUAUGCCCUGCUUCCCCACUCCUUCCCCACUCCUUCUGCCAUGCUUCCCCCCCUCCCUCUGCCAUGCUUCCCCCCUCCCUCUGCCAUGCUUCCCCCCUCCCUCUGCCAUGCUUCUCCCCUCCUUCUGUCAUGCUUCCCUCAUCCCUCUGGCCUGCUUCCCCCCUCCCUCCGCCCUGCUUCCGCCCUCCUUCUGCCAUGCUUCCCCCCUCCUUCCGCCCCGCUUCCCCCCUCCCUAUGCCCUGCUUCCCCACUCCUUCUGCCAUGCUUCCCCCACCCUCUGCCCUGCUUCCCCCCUCCCUAUGCCCUGCUUCCCCACUCCUUCUGCCAUGCUUCCCCCCUCCCUCUGCCAUGCUUCCCCCCUCCCUCUGCCAUGCUUCCCCCCUCCCUCUGCCAUGCUUCCUCCCUCCUUCUGUCAUGCUUCCCUCAUCCUUCUGGCCUGCUUCCCCCCUCCCUCCGCCCUGCUUCCGCCCUCCUUCUGCCAUGCUUCCCCCCUCCUUCCGCCCCGCUUCCCCCCUCCCUAUGCCCUGCUUCCCCACUCCUUCUGCCCCGCUUCUCCCCUCCCCAUGUGCCUCUCCUCUCCCUCCCCGUGUGCCUCUCCUCUCCCUCCCCAUGUGCCUCUCCUCUCCCUCCCAAUGUACCUUUCCACCCAUCGCUCAUCCCUUUGUUUCCACUUCAAGCAUGA